UACCUGUCCCAGGUAUUGUCAAGCAAACACUGUUUAUUUGUCGAGGAGCUUUUUUUGUACUUUUCUGUUCGGCUUAAAUGUGGGUCUUGGUAACGUCAACACGGCGCCACAAAAGACAGGCAGAGGAGAGAAAGAGCUCGAGUGCCGUUCUUAGUUCUCCUUACGUGGACUCGAAAACACAAAAACCGAGUGACGUCCAUCUUGUUGAAGUAAAAAAGGGAAGAUUUUUAACUUAACAACUGCUUUUCCCAAUCACUGUCGUAAGUUGCGAUUUUAUCAUUUGCGCUGAAGUUUUGUUAGAUGGUUGUUCAUUUAGUUUAGAGACAUUACUCGAAGUGCGAAUGAUCAUCGAUGGUGCAUGGCACACAGACCCCAUCCAGAGGCGCAUCACAACCGUUAGUCAUCAAAAUGAAAGGGGUCUUUCUUCACCUCUGUUUGGUUGUGUUUCUGAGCCAUGGUGGUCAUCCUACACCCAUCUCGUCAAGUUCUGACAGAUUAGACGCAGAUGAGCUGAAAAAGCUUUUAGCACUGAAAAAAGAAUUAACAAUUGAUGCUGGAGGGGACCAGGAGAAAAGAGAUGAAGUUGCGAAUGUCGUAGCACUGCUGGAGAAUGAACUUGAAAGGAACCAAGAGCUAGAAAGACAAGCCGAGUAUAAGCGCUAUUUGGAUUCCCUGAAAGAAGGAGACCUCCACGAAGGCGACAUAUUAGUUGACAAGGAGCUGCUAGCAAUGCUUAGAGAUGACGUCAGUGAUGCACCAGCGGAGAAGAGACAGAUGACGUCACGGCCUAAUAGGAAGUGGAGAAAGUCUGGUAAUGAUGUCAUCAUUCCCUAUACCAUGGCUGCCGGUGGUUCAGCUUCUUAUGCGUUCCAAUUAGCGAUUAACAGUCUGAGGAUGUUAACUUGCAUCAAAUUUCAAGCCAGGACAAAUCAGAUGGACUAUAUUAAAGUAACUGGAAGUGGUAGCAGUUGCUUUUCGUCCUAUGGUAAACAAGGUGGCAUGCAGACACUGAAUCUUGGGAACGGAUGCUUCAGCAAAGGCACUGUGCUGCACGAAAUACUUCAUGCGGUUGGAUUUUUCCACGAACAAAGUCGACCUGACAGAGAUAAUUACGUCACCAUCAAUUAUAGAAAUAUCAAAUCCGGAAUGUCGAGCCAAUUUGCAAAGAAACGAUCUUGGGAAGUAACAACCAUGGGCCAACCGUACGACUUUCAGUCUCUGAUGCACUACAGAAAUACUGAAUUCAGCGCAAACGGACAGAAAACGAUACAGGCAAAAGCCAACCCAUCCAUGUCGCUCGGGAAUGACGACUUGUCUGCAACUGAUGUCGACAAGAUUAAUUUGUUCUACGGAUGUCCACAAGCUGCAUGGAGAAUGGACGACUUUGUGAUUCAAGUAAGGACCAGUUCUUCUUGGUUUUCUGGCACCGAUGCCAAGGUUUAUAUGGAAUUGUUCUGGGCAAAUGGCGUGAAUUCUGGAGAAUUCCCAGUCCAGGGAGAAUUUGAGAGGAAGUCUGUGGAUACCAUGGAGCUGUAUUUGCCGAACGAGAGCAAUCUGAGUAAGAUAAAUAUUCGUCAAGAUGGCACUGGUUUUGGCUCCGAUUGGAAACUAGAUAGGGUGACAAUAGAAGAUAAAACCCGCAGUACAAGAUACGAGUGUUACUGCAACUGCUGGUUGAAGAACACUCUUGCCAAGACCGUCUCCUGUAGACGACUUUAAUCGGCAUGGAGGCCACCCCAAUAGACCACCAAUAUUAUGUCCUACCAGGCCAGUUUUCACUGUGAUUGCUAUACCUUUUGGAGAGUACCCGUAUCCGCGAUUAAGUGGGCCAAGUCAUCCUUAUCGCCCCAAAUGAAGAGGUAUUAUCUCCUCGGUCGCCUUUCAUUCAUAAGUUAAAUUGACAACGAUUUUUAAAAACCAAUCACUACAUGCUCUGCAAUUAAAUUGAUCGAUACAUGCAAGCGUUUACCUUACUGAUGCUGUAUAAUUCAUUUUCCGUCCCACAUACAGGCCUACAAUGUAGGCCUACUUUAGAAAUCUCAAAGGCACAAUAUACAUGUUUUAACUUAAAUAACUUAAUUAGUUUUGUUCAAAAAGUAAUAUGACCCUUAAUUGUAUCAUUUUUUUUACAUUGAAAGUGGAUAAGAUCUUAAACGCGCCAAUGGACGCUAAGCAAGUGAUAAGAUCGCCAGGGACGAAGUGGGAUGCCUGCAUAGGCAAUUGACCUCACUAAAAUUGUUUCAUUUGUGGCAUAACAACCUUGAAGCUUACUAUUUUAUGUAUUUUCAAUUUGUUCAAUAAAGUCUCAUUUAACUUUUUCAUUUAUUUUGACAGCCAUGGUUGAAGACAAUGUGAUAGUUGUGACAGUAUUCAUGCCACUUUCUGGUGCAACUAUCACAAUGAUUCACAAAGGCAAAAUGCAUUUAAAUGCAUUUUUAAAAAAUGUCUACAUUAUCACUGUUAUGUUUUUGUAUUUAUUCUUCAUCCAUAUUCAAAUAUCAAAUUAUCUACAAUUUUUCAAUUGUCCAACCCCUGCCCUUACCAGUGACCUGUCAAUCAUGGCUUGUCCUUAGAAUGAUGGAAAUUAUUAUAAUUAUUAUUAUUAAUGCCAUUAUUUUGUUUGCAUUACUCACAUCAUCGUGAAAUACACGUUUCAUGUAUUUUACGAUGAUAUUUAUAAGUGUUUAUGUACUAAUUGUUUUUCUAUUAAUAUCCAAUAUAUGUACAAGAAUCACCUCUAUUACAAUCAUCUUGAAGCUACAAAAUACACCCUGGAUUUACCUAAGGUGCGUGAUGAGAGGCUUUAUUCGCGAAGAACAACAAUAAAUGAAACAUAGAUUUGCUAAAAGUCUAUCUUCAUAUAGGCAAAGAUGGAUGGUGUAAUUUUGUAUUUCGUCAGCAGUCAUUGUUUGAAUAAUAUAAUAGAGCAAAUAAAGAGCA